AUGAAAUUAGGCAAAGUAGAGUUCUGCCAUUUUUUGCAGAUAAUAGCUCUUUUCCUCUGUCUUUCUGGGAUGAGCCAAGCAGAACUGCCAAGAUCCAGAUCAAAGCCCUACUUCCAACCUGGGAGACCACGAACCAAACGCAGCUGGGUGUGGAAUCAGUUCUUUGUAUUGGAGGAAUACAUGGGAACCGAUCCGCUUUAUGUAGGAAAGCUUCACUCCGAUGUUGAUAAAGGAGAUGGCUCCAUCAAGUACAUCUUGUCAGGAGAGGGGGCGAGUUCCAUCUUCAUUAUUGAUGAGAACACAGGGGACAUUCAUGCUACAAAGAGACUUGAUCGGGAAGAGCAGGCCUACUACACCCUCCGUGCACAAGCACUAGAUAGACUGACCAAUAAACCUGUGGAGCCUGAGUCAGAAUUCGUCAUUAAGAUUCAGGACAUCAAUGACAAUGAACCUAAAUUUCUGGACGGUCCUUACACUGCUGGAGUACCUGAGAUGUCUCCCGUGGGAACCUCUGUGGUACAAGUAACAGCAACUGAUGCAGAUGACCCUACAUAUGGCAACAGUGCCAGAGUGGUUUACAGCAUCCUUCAAGGUCAACCUUAUUUUUCUGUGGAGCCAAAGACAGGUGUUAUCAAGACUGCACUUCCUAAUAUGGACAGAGAAGCAAAAGACCAAUAUUUGCUUGUCAUUCAAGCAAAGGAUAUGGUUGGUCAAAAUGGGGGUCUUUCUGGGACCACAUCUGUCACUGUCACCCUUACUGAUGUCAAUGAUAACCCUCCACGAUUUCCACGCAGAUCAUAUCAAUAUAAUGUCCCAGAAUCACUCCCUCUGGCUUCAAUGGUGGCUAGAUUAAAGGCUGCAGAUGCUGAUGUGGGGGCUAAUGCUGAAAUGGAAUAUAAGAUUGUGGAUGGUGAUGGCUUGGGAGUUUUCAAAAUUUUAGUGGACAAAGAGACACAAGAAGGAAUCAUUAUGAUACAAAAGGAGCUGGAUUACGAAACAAAGGCCAGCUACACUCUGAGAAUCGAAGCAGCGAAUAAGCAGGUGGACCCCCGCUUUUUAAGCCUUGGACCAUUCAAUGAUGUGACAACAGUCAAGAUCAUUGUGGAGGAUGUUGAUGAGCCACCCAUGUUUACCUCACUUUCGUACACCAUGGUGGCAUCUGAAGCAGCCAAAGUAGGUACCAUUAUUGGUACUGUGGCAGCUCAUGAUCCGGAUGCAUCUAACAGUCCUGUCAGGUAUUCAAUAGAUCGAAAUACUGACUUAGAAAGAUAUUUCAAUAUUGAUGCCAACAGUGGGGUCAUUACUACAGCAAAGACAUUGGACAGAGAGACAAAUGCUGUUCAUAACAUUACUGUUUUAGCAAUGGAAAGCCAAAACCCUUCACAAAUUGGGAGGGGAUAUGUGACCAUUACUAUCCUGGAUAUCAAUGACAACGCACCUGAGUUUGCCAUGGAUUAUGAAACAACAGUCUGUGAAAAUGCAGAACCUGGCCAGAUCAUUCAAAGAAUCAGUGCCAUUGACAGAGAUGACCCACCUAGUGGUCAUCAGUUUUCCUUCAGUUUGGCAGGAGAUGCAACAAAUAACCACAAUUUCACAUUGCAAGAUAAUAAAGACAAUACAGCAUCUAUACUCACCAGACGAAAUGGCUUUCGGAGGCAAGAACAGUCGGUUUAUUAUUUGCCAAUAUUCAUCGUAGACAGUGGCUCACCUUCAUUGAGUAGCACCAACACACUCACGAUUCGAGUCUGUGAUUGUGAUGCAGAUGGCAUUGCCCAAACAUGUAAUGCAGAGGCCUACAUCUUGCCAGCAGGACUUAGUACUGGAGCACUCAUAGCAAUCCUGGCUUGCGUUCUGACACUGCUAGUGCUUGUCCUGCUGAUUGUUACCAUGAGGCGACGGAAAAAAGAGCCUCUUGUUUUAGAUGAAGAGAGAGAUAUCAGGGAAAAUAUAGUCCGAUACGAUGACGAGGGAGGUGGAGAGGAGGACACCGAGGCGUUUGAUAUGGCUGCCCUGAGGAACCUCAACAUCAUUCGCGAUACCAAGAUCAGGAGGGAUGUGACUCCAGAGAUCCAGUUCUUGAGCAGACCGUCUUUUAAAAGCAUCCCCGACAAUGUUAUUUUUCGGGAAUUUAUUUGGGAAAGGCUAAAAGAGGCUGAUGUGGAUCCCUGUGCUCCACCAUAUGAUUCCCUGCAGACAUAUGCCUUUGAGGGAAAUGGUUCAGUGGCUGAGUCACUCAGCUCUUUAGAUUCUGUCAGUUCAAACUCUGAUCAGAAUUAUGAUUACCUCAGUGACUGGGGGCCUCGUUUCAAACGGCUUGCAGACCUCUUUGGUGCUGUGGAAUCACAGCAAAGCACUCUUUUACAUUUCUUUCAUAUGUUAAGCAGUGUGAUAUGAUUAGCGCCAGAUUCUAUCUUCAGAUCCUCACUACCCACAUAAGCAUUUCCCUCCAGGGAGGUCACUUUAUAACACAUUAUCUCUAUACUG